CUGCGCUGUGCGCGGGGAGCGAGGCAGCGAGGGCCAGCAACCGACCCGAUUGCAACCACCGCGCACGCAGGCGUGCGAGGACGCGCGCAGGGCAGGCAGACAGGCAGGCAACCAUCGCGCAAGACCGCUUCCCCUUCUCACCUUCGCCGCUCCCCCCCACCUGCCCAAACCCUGACACGCGUGCAACUGUGGGCGCAUCCCGCUCACCUGCUCUCUCCUUGCGCUCGCCGCUGCCCAAGCUGGCUGGCCUGCCUCGGCGCUGCGUCCUUGCUUCUGGCUGCCCCCCCCACCCCGCCCGGGCGUGCCUCACCCCCAUCGUCAGCCGAGGGGGUCCUCACCCCCCCCGCUUUCUAGAGCCCCCAACAGAGACACGGGCGUCCCCUCCGGGCUGAAGGACAGAAGCCCGAAGGAGGAGAAGGAGUCAGCCGGCGGCUGCUUGGAACGCCGUGGUGCUGAAGCGGACAGCUCCUGGUCGCCGGCAAUGCAUUGACUCGCCUUGGGCAUCCAGAAGUCGUGGGAAGGGGAUCUUUCAAGACUUCCUUCUGCCCUCUUUCCCGCCCCCCAGUUCCUCUCUCCCCCCCCCGUCCUUCCUUCCACCAUCCGCGGGCAGGGACUGCUUGCCUUCGAUGGUGCCGCAGCUCCCGGAACUACCAUGCCUUGACGCCCUCCUGACCCAGCAGCUUCCAUGGCGGUUGCAAGGAAAAUCAAAACUUUAUUGACGGUGAACAUCUUGGUUUUUGUGGGCAUCAUCCUCUUCUCGGUCUACUGCAGGAUCCAGGACCGCUCCCAGGAGCUGGUGCAGAUCGUCCAGAGCGCCGACCGACGGAUGAGGGGACGGAAUGCCAAAGUGGGCGCCCUGCUGGACAGGGAGGCCAUCCUGCAAAGGUUGGACCAUCUGGAGGAGGUGGUGUACAACCAACUCAAUGGUCUAGCCAAGCCAAUGGGAUUAGUGGAAGGCCCAGGCGGUUUGGGCCAAGGAGGAAUGGCUGCCACACUGAGAGAUGACAGCCAUGAAUCCGAAACGAAAUAUGAAGAAUAUGGUUAUAAUGCGCAACUGAGUGAUCGGAUUUCAUUGGACAGAUCUAUUCCAGACUAUAGACCCAAAAAGUGCAAACAGAUGUCCUAUCCUGAAGACCUUCCCCAAAUCUCAGUGGUCUUUAUUUUUGUAAACGAAGCCUUGUCUGUCAUCCUACGCUCAGUUCACAGCGUUGUGAAUCACACGCCAUCCCACUUGCUCAAGGAGGUCAUUCUGGUGGACGACAACAGCGAUAAUGUUGAGCUGAAGUUUAACUUGGACCAAUAUGUCCACAAAAGGUACCCAGGUUUGGUGAAAAUAGUGCGCAAUAAUAAACGAGAAGGCUUGAUCCGAGCGAGAAUCCAGGGAUGGAAAGCUUCAACAUCCCCAGUCGUUGGUUUUUUCGACGCUCACGUUGAAUUCAACACCGGCUGGGUAGAGCCGGCCCUGACCCGGAUUAAAGAGGACCACAAACGGAUUGUCCUACCAGCUAUAGACAACAUCAAGUACAAUACUUUUGAAGUGCAACAGUAUGCCAACGCUGCCCACGGCUCCAAUUGGGGUCUUUGGUGCAUGUACAUCAUUCCUCCGCAGGACUGGCUGGACAGAGGAGAUGAGUCUGCACCUAUCAGGACGCCGGCCAUGAUUGGGUGUUCGUUUGUGGUGGAUAGAGAAUAUUUUGGAGAGAUUGGCCUGCUUGAUCCUGGCAUGGAAGUUUAUGGAGGAGAAAACAUCGAACUCGGUAUGAGGGUCUGGCAGUGCGGUGGGAGCAUGGAAGUCCUGCCUUGUUCCCGCGUGGCUCACAUUGAGCGCACGAAGAAGCCGUACAACAACGACAUUGACUAUUACGCCAAGCGCAACGCCCUGCGGGCGGCCGAAGUGUGGAUGGACGACUUCAAGUCCCACGUGUACAUGGCAUGGAACAUACCAAUGACGAACCCUGGCGUUGACUUCGGAGAUGUGUCGGAACGGGUUGCUUUACGGCAGCGUCUGCAGUGCCGGAGUUUUAAGUGGUACUUGGAGAAUGUCUAUCCUGAAAUGAGGGUUUACAACAACACCAUCACGUACGGAGAGGUACGCAACAGCAAAGCUAGCGGCUACUGCUUGGACCAGGGCGCAGAAGAUGACAAUAAAGCGAUACUCUAUCCAUGCCAUGGAAUGUCUUCCCAGCUUGUCCGUUACAGCACCGAAGGAUUGUUGCAACUGGGCCCGCUGGGAUCUACAGCAUUCCUCCCUGAUUCAAAAUGUCUCAUAGAUGAUGGGAAAGGAAGGACACCCUCCUUGAAGAAAUGUGAAGAUACGCUGAGACCAACUCAACGACUCUGGGACUUUACACAGAGUGGACCAAUCAUCAGCCGAGAUACUGGCCGAUGUCUUGAAGUAGAAAUGUCUAAAGAUGCCAACUUUGGACUUAGAUUGGUAGUACAGAGAUGCUCGGGGCAAAAAUGGAUGAUCAGAAAUUGGAUCAAACAUGGAAGGCACUGAUUUCCCAGCUUAAAAGAACAAGGAUAAGGACAUCUCUUCUUCAAAUCCCACGGGCGUUAAUAGCUCCGAUGGUUGUAGAUUAAAUAGGACUCAGAUGAAGAAACCGUGAUGGCUAAAAGAAGAAGCCCGGGACGCAGUUUUAGGGUGUUAUUCUUUUUUUUUUUUUUAAAGGAACAGCGUGGAGUGCCUUGUCGAUGAUGAAAAAGCUGACAUGUCACUAAUCUAGGACUUGUUCCUUGGAAGACUUAACUGGGUUGAUUCUUCGCCUGCCCCAGGUCAAUCAGAAGUGAAUCCAAUCUGUCCUUGUAUCGUUGGGUGACUGAGAGAGAUUUCUCCAAGUUUCAUCGUGUUUCUUUCUGAUGGAUGAGAGAGAGAGAGAGAGAGAUAGAUAGAUAGAUAGAGAGAGAGAGAGAGAGAGAGAGAGAGAGAGAGAGAGAGAGAGAGAGAGAGAGAGAAUAGACAAUAGAAUCAAACUUUGCUUUGGGUCUCGUGAAAGGGGGAGGGUGGGAAAAAACAGGGAGGGUAGCCAUAAUUUGGGGUGAUUUGGUAGGGUGGAUGGAUCUUGUGCCUCGUUGAAGAUGGUCCUGUUCCAGGUGGAUUUUGUAGCUUUAAGUUGCUGGCUGGAUGCACAACUCUUGCGGUGAACAGACCCAUGUGCCUUUUCUACUGCGCUUCCUAUCCUGGGGAACUGGGAAGUCACACAACUUCAGCAUGUCUGAUUAACGAUUUCAAAAGCACCCCAACGGCAACAAUGAGUAACCUGUAAAUAAAUUACACUGCCCUCCCUCACCAAAACAAAAUAACGUGAUACAUGAUCUGUUUCCAGCAAGUUGACGUGGAUGCCAGUUGGAUCACAAGAGCCUCCUUAUUUCUUGCUGCUGAACUUGGAACAUGAAGACGGAUGUUGUGUGUUUCAGCCUUACCUUCACGCCAGCCUGCAGAAGGGAUGCUGGCAGGCGAGAGGUGCUUUGAUUUGGGGGGCGGGGGGUCUAUCCCACCUGUGAUGUUCCAAUGGUUCCUGCAAGCCCAGGUUUAAAGUGCAACUUCCAAGACUUUCCAAACAUUUCUGUCAAAUUGUAAUUUUCCCAAUGGGUUGGAAGGAGGCAUUAUUAAAUGCCUGGGGACUGAGCCUAUUGGCUGCAUUUCAUUCGUUCAUUUGGCAUUAAAUUUUAAUUGACCACAUUGA